AUGAAAAAUCCUCAACGACUCUGCACCACUUGCCUUGAAGAAGAGAAUGAGGAGUUGCUGGCUACUCAUUCAUGUUCGACAUGUUCAUUGAAAGAUCUUUGCUCAUAUCAUGCUAAAAAACAUGAGAGAAAUUUGCAUCAAAUUAUUCAAUUAAUUCCCGGAAUGAUUGGAGGAGGAGUAGAUGGUGAGGAGAAGGCUCCAUUUUGUAAGGAUCAUUUCAUUCCGAUUAAUUGUUAUUGUAGUGAUUGCAAUGUUUUAAUUUGUUCAACUUGUAUUGUGAGUGGUGGACAUUUAACUCAUGGAAUUUCAUUGAUUUCGGAAGUUGUUAUGAAGGAAAGGAAGAUUAUAGGGGAAGAAUUGGAGAGAUUUAUAAAUCGGGUGGAGGAAUGGAGAAGUAUUCAUCAAAUGGAAGAAAAUCAUCUUUUGGCAGAAAUUGAAAAAGUAAAAACGAAAGGAAAAGAAUUGGAAAAACAAAUUCAUUUAAAAUUUGAUGAAUUACACAAUAAUUUGACGAGUAGGAAACAGGAGUUGAUAACUCAAGUUUACUCAGUAGUAGAGAGACAGUGUGCAAUUGUAAAUUAUGUUAAGAAAAAUGUUAAUGUGGAAGAAUUGAAGCAAGAAUUUAAAGAUUUGUUAAUUAUGGAUGGAUAUACAAUGAUGGAAAAGAAAACUAGAGUUUUGAAAAAGUCAAUUGCUGAUUUCGAUCUCUUAUUGGAUCAAUUAUUGCAUCAUGUUAGCUUGGAAUGUCUUGAUAAUUUUACAAUUCGAAAUAUUGACACGGAUGAUAUAUAA